CAAAAAGAAGAGAAACAUGGCCGCAAUGAAUGUUCCUGGAUUUCAAGAUCAGUUUUGGAGUAAUGGACCAUCACCAGGCGCUUUCUAUAACUUUCCCGGCAAUCCAAGUAGUUCUAGAACUGCUGAAAAAUUUUCACCGGCUAAGAGAACUUUAUACCCCACCACAACUGGUACCUCUGUGCUUGGUGUGAAGUUUGAUGGUGGAAUUCUUAUGGCAGCAGACACAUUAGGAUCCUAUGGAUCUCUUGCAAGAUUCCGAGAGGUCUCAAGACUCACUGCUGUUGGCAAUAACACAGUUGUUGGUGGUUCUGGGGAUUAUGCUGAUUUUCAGCAUCUGAAAUCUCUUCUGGAUCAGAAAGUUAUUGAUGAUGCCUGUUUAAAUGAUGGCCAUGGUUACACUCCAAAGUCCAUAUAUUCUUGGUUAACAAGAAUAAUGUAUUACAGGCGCACACGUUUUGAUCCCCUGUGGAAUCAAGUUGUUGUUGGUGGUGUCCACAAUGGUGAAAGUUUCCUGGGAUGUGUUGACAAGAUUGGCAUAGCUUUUGAAGCACCCACAAUAGCCACUGGGUUUGGUGCAUAUCUUGCCCAGCCAAUUCUCCGUGAUGCAUUUGAAAAAGAUCCCAGCAUGUCUCUAGAGGAGGCUAGGCAAGUGAUCACUAAAUGUCUGCAGGUGUUGUUUUACAGAGAUGCCAGGUCACUAAACAAGUAUGAAAUUGCAGUCAUUACAAGUGAUGGUGUUGUGAUUGAACCAGCAACCAGUGCACAAACCAAUUGGGAAAUUGCUCCAAUGGUCAAAGGCUAUGAAUAAUUCUUGGAUAGUGUGGAUGUUUUCCUUUGCCAUCUUAUUCUUCAUAUAUCAUCGUUUGUGGUCCUGUAUAAUACAUUCUGAAAAUGUGCUUGUAAAGAAAACUGAUAAUAAAAUAUCAAACCCUUUCAGUAA